AUGAAGGUCGCUGUGUUCUGUCUCAGCCUUUGUGUGUUUCAUUCACGUACCUCAUCUGAUACCAGAGAAGAAGCCGCUCUGAGCGUCCUUCCCAACAGAUCCCAGUUCUUUCAGUACGAGUCUGUCUCUCUGAGCUGUGGUCAGCAAGGAAUCUCUUCUGAGUGGAGCGUUAAGAGGAACACAUCGAAAGAUAUAAAUGAAGAGUGUUUCAAAUUCUGGGGAAGAAAAUAUGAAUCCCACUGCUUCAUCGCUGACCUUUACCCAUCAGACACUGGAGUGUACUGGUGUGAGUUUGCAGCAGGAGAGCGCAGUGAAGCCGUCAGCAUCACAGUGACUCGUGGCUUUGUGAUCCUGGAGAUUCCUGUCCUUCCUGUGAUGGAGGGUGACGAUGUGACUCUGAGCUGCAGAAACAAGAUACAUCCCUCCAGUCUCACAGCUGAUUUCUAUAAAGAUGGACUUCUCAUCAGGAGCAGCUCUACAGGAAACAUGACCAUCCACAGUGUCUCCGAAUCUGAUGAAGGAUUCUACAAGUGCAAAGUCUCUGGAGAUGAAUCACCAGACAGCUGGCUGACUGUCAGAGUGUCAGAGCCAGCAGCUCCUGUAAUGCCUGUCUGCAGACUGAUUCAUCAUGUAGUUGUAGGGACUCCUUACCUGCUGUCCACCAUCGUACUGGGACUCAUAUACAGAGACAACAGAAGAGUAGCACUUCAGGUGAUUGCAGAGGACAGAGGCCAUCAUGUCGUCAUGGAGGUGGAAUAGAUUACAAGACCACAGAUUUUGUAUAUUAUAAUGUUGUUAUGUGUCUGUACUUUUUAACAUGCAUCUUUUUCAUUUGGUGCUCAUAAAAGAACAAAGGUUUUUUCAUGGAAGUUAGUUCCCUGAGACAAAAUGAGUGGCAGGCAAGGCAGGAGGGAUGCUGAGUGCCCGGGGCAGAAAACAAGUUUUGGACCCAAUUGCAGAACACUAAAAGCAAAAUUAUAUGAGAUGGUUUUUUAAUAUGAUUUGGCGCCCCGACCUUUCAUACUUUAUCGCUGAUAAAUAAACCGUAAAUAAGGACAGCUGCACAUGUGCAUUUGUAAUGAUUAAAAAACUAGCAAGUUGCCAGCUUUGGUAACACAGUCAAACAUCAGCAAUGGCAACAACAAAAGACAGCAAUAUUAGUUACUAGUCUAACUGUGUACACAGAAAAAGGGCCAGCUCUGUCUCUGUCUCCCACUAACGUCCGGGAGCUUCUUGCCUUGGUCACUCUCUUUAACUCUUCUUAGCUUCCUCUGUCAAUGUCCUUUUCUGGUUAUUUUAGUUUAUUUUAUUUAUCUUUUUUCUUUUAACUGUAAGUUUAAUUUCAUAACUUUCUUCCUGCUGUUACCUUGUAUGUUAUUUUGUUUGCUAUGUUUUAUUUAGU